AUGGGGAAAUUUCGUUCAGUAUCUGGCCAUACCAAGCAGCUCCUUCUCGCCACGGUGACUGUCCCAGAAACGAGCUCCAAAUUUUUUGGUCAAUGGAAUGGUGAACAGAUUGGCACAUUUUUCUUAAAACCAGGAGAAACUGAUGAUUUUGCCUUUCAUGAUAAAUUUAUUCCUAAGAACAAAAUUAAUUGUACAUUUCGCCAGAUCCGUGGACCUUCUGUAAUGAUUAGGGCAUUUGAAGGUAGUAGUGGUGCAUUUGAUCAUGGUAAGAAGAACUACUGGGAUGCAAGAGAAGAUGGGAUUUAUUUCACGCAUGGUCAAGAAGUGUCUAAGUUAGAGUAUAAAUGGACUUAA